AAAGCGCCCAACUCGAAGGCAUCCCUCUUCCUCCACCCCCCCCCCCCCCCUCGCUUCUCCCUCCGCCCCCUCGCCUUCCUCUCACUCCCACUCUGCUGCAGCCACCCCCUAAGCGUCACUCGAGCAGGAGCGCCGCACCGAGUCGCAUCCCAAAACUCUCCGUGCACACGCGCUGACGUCCUCCUCCUCGCCCCCCCACCCCCCUCACCCCCCAGUGCUUCCUCCGCCGGGGCAUGGCAGGUGCGGCGGCCGGCCGUGAGUGCACGCUGAGCGGCGUGUUAAGCUCCGGCUGACUGGAGGAUGCUUCCGGAGCUCCGCCACUGCAAGCUCGUGGAAGUCUUUUUUUUUUUUUUCUGGAGGGGGGGGUGUGUGUGGAUUUAAAGUGGACUCGCUUCCUGGGCAGGAUUUAAUCGAAGCUUCUCUCAUUUUUGUGUCUGGUGGGAGAUAGCAAAGAGGAUUUUUUUUUUUUUUUUUUGGACGUGCCUCUCUUGCAUCCGCAGUGCGGCUGCGAAGUGACAACUGCAGCGUGUACAGGUGCAUCAUGCCCUUCAUCCGGAAAGAGGCUUGAUCCCGAUCGGCCGGACUGUGCCCCCGUCCCUUGGUACUCGUGGUCCCCCGAGGCAGGCACAGCCAUGACGUGCCACGGCGGGACGCGGACCUGCUUUUUUCUCUGCUGCUUCCUUUCCACGCUGGCGCCGCUCGCCACAUCCAGGACGGCGUUACGAGCGCCGCCGUCUCCCGGGUUCUCUGGUUCCCAAGUGAUCACGGCGUCUCUGGAGGAGGAAGAGUACGCCUCGUUUCGUGCGGAGAACCCCGAAUGGACAUUCAACCACUUGGCGGUGGACUAUCGCAACGGCAACGUUUACUUGGGGGCGGUCAAUCGCAUCUAUAAACUAUCGCCGGGUUUGGAGGUGCAGGUGUCUCACGAGACCGGGCCGGACGAGGACAACCGCAAGUGCUACCCGCCGCGGAUCGUGCAGCCUUGCGGCGAGCCGCUGACGCUCACCAACAACGUCAACAAGAUGCUGCUGAUGGACUACCGGGAAAACCGGCUGCUGGCGUGCGGUAGCCUCUACCAGGGCAUCUGUAAACUGCUGCGCCUGGAUGACCUCUUCAAGCUCGGGGAGCCCUUCCACAAAAAGGAACACUACCUCUCCGGGGUCAACGAGAGCGGAUCCGUGUUCGGCGUCAUCGUUUCCUACGGCAACGCCUCGCCGGACAUGCUGUUCGUGGCCACGGCGGUGGACGGUAAGCCGGAGUACUUCCCCACCAUCUCCAGUCGCAAGUUGGCCAGAAAUUCCGAGGAGGAUGGCAUGUUCGCUUACGUCUUCCACGACGAGUUUGUGGCCUCCAUGAUUAAGAUCCCGUCGGACACCUUCACCGUCAUACCGGACUUUGACAUUUAUUACAUUUACGGCUUCGCCAGCGGAAGCUUCGUUUACUUCCUGACGCUGCAGCCCGAAAUGGGAGGCGGGCCCAGCGCCGGCUCUUCCUCGGCGGGCCGAGAACAGGUCUACACCUCCAAGAUCGUGCGCCUGUGUAAAGCCGACACGGCCUUCAACUCGUACGUGGAGGUGCCCGUCGGCUGCGUCAGCGGCAAUGUGGAGUACCGACUUCUGGAGGCGGCUUACCUGUCCAAAGCCGGCCCCAACUUGGCGCGCUCGCUGGACGUCGCGCCGGACGACGACGUCUUGUUUGCGGUCUUCUCCAAGGGCCAGAAAAGGCGACCCCGGCAGGAGUCGCAGGAAUCGGCCCUGUGCGUCUUCUCCCUGCGCAAAAUCAACGAGCGGAUCAAAGACAGGCUGCAGUCGUGCUACAAGGGCGAGGGAACGCUCGACCUGGCCUGGCUCAAGGUCAAAGACAUCCCCUGCAGCAGUGCGCUCCUGACCAUCGACGACGACUUCUGCGGCCUGGACAUGAACGCGCCACUCGGCGUGUCGGAGAUGGUGCGCGGCAAGCCCCUCUUCUCCGACGCCAGCGACAAAAUGACCUCGGUCGUGGCCUACGUCUACAAGAACCAUUCGCUGGUCUUCGUGGGGACCAAGAGCGGACGCGUGAAAAAGAUCCGAGUGGACGGUUCGUCGCGGGCCCUCCAGUACGAGACGGUGCAGGCGGUGGAAAGCGGACCCAUCCUCCGAGACAUGGCCUUCUCCUCUGAUCACCACUACCUCUACGUCAUGUCCGAGAGCCAGCUUUCCAGGAUGCCCGUGGAAGCCUGCGGUCAGUACGCCACCUGUAGCGAAUGUCUCGGAUCAGGGGACCCUCACUGCGGCUGGUGUGUCCUGCACAACACGUGCACCCGAAAGGAGAAAUGCGAGCGGUCGUCAGAGCCUCGCCGCUUUGCCUUCGACAUCAAGCAGUGCGUGCGCCUCAGCGUGCACCCCAACAACAUCUCGGUGUCUCAGUUCAGCGUGACGUUGGUCCUGGAAGCUCACAACGUGCCGGAGCUUUCCGCAGGAGUCAACUGCACCUUUGAGGACCUGGCGGAGAUGAACGGUCUGGUAGAGGGCAACCGCAUCAAGUGCUUCUCUCCGGCCGAGAAGGAAAUGCCGCGUGUCGUCGUCAACAAAGGCGACCACCAGAUCGUGCAACUCUAUCUCAAGUCCAAGGAGACCGGCUUGGCGUUCGCCAACACCAGUUUUGUAUUCUACAACUGCAGCGUGCACAAAUCGUGUUUGUCAUGCGUGAGCAGCCCGUACCAGUGCCACUGGUGCAAAUACAGACACGACUGCACGCACGACCCGCGCACAUGCUCCUUCCAGGAGGGUCGAGUCAAAAAGCCGGAGGAGUGUCCCCAGCUGCUGCCGGCCGAGCGCAUCCUAGUUCCGGUCAACGUGGUGAAGCCCAUCACCCUGCAGGCCAAGAACCUCCCCCAGCCUCAGUCGGGCCAGCGAGGCUACGAAUGCCUGCUGACCAUCCAGGGCAACGAGCACCGCGUCCCCGCACUGCGCUUCAACAGCUCCUCGGUGCAGUGUCAGAACACUUCGUACUUCUACGACGGAAUGGAGAUGAGCAGCCUUCCCGUGGAGCUGAUCGUCAUCUGGAACGGCGACUUUAGCAUCGAUAACCCCGCCCACAACAAAGUCCAUCUGUACAAGUGCGACGCCCAGCGCGGGAGCUGCGGCCUGUGCCUGAAGGCGGAUCCUCUGUUUGGUUGCGUGUGGUGCAAAGGGGAGAACCGCUGCACGCUCAAGCAGCACUGCCCCCACCCCGAGAACCAAUGGCUGGAACACAACGGCAUCAACAGCAAGUGCACCCACCCGCGCAUCACACAGAUCACCCCCCUGCGCGGUCCGAGGGAAGGCGGCACCCUGGUGACCAUUCGCGGCGAUAACCUCGGUUUGGAGUUCCGCGAGAUCCAGGGCAACGUGAAGGUGGCGGAGGUGGAGUGCACGCCCAUCCGGGACGGCUACAUCCCGGCGGAACAGAUCGUGUGCGAGAUGGGCCGCGCCGAGAAGAGUCAGUACACGGGGAAUGUCAAGGUGUGCGUCGGCGUCGGCGAGUGUCGGCCGGAAUUCACAGCCAAGUCGUCCAAAUACUACUACUUUGUGAUUCCGAGGAUCCUCAGCAUCAAACCGAGCAGAGGGCCCGUCUCCGGGGGAACCGUGGUCAGCAUCACAGGGAGCCACCUGGACGCGGGCAGCAACGUGUCCAUCAUGUUCAAGGACCAGCCGUGCACCUUUCUCAAGCGCGACGGCCUGUGGUUGACGUGCCGCACGCACGCCUCGACGAGAGGCUACGGCAACGUGCCGGUGUCGGUGAGCAUCGACAAGGCCCAGCUCCAGAAGGACUUGCGUUUCGAGUAUGUGGAGGACCCCACCAUCACCAAGAUCGAACCCGAAUGGAGUAUCUACAGCGGACACACUCCCGUGACGGUGACGGGAACCAACCUGGACAUCAUCCAAACGCCGCUCAUCAGAGCCAAGUACAACAAUCACGAGACACUCAAUUUGUGCCAGGUUCUGAGCCCGACGUCCAUGCAGUGCCAGGCCCCGGAGCUUCCCAUCAGCCUAGCCCAGCAGCAGGAGGCGCCGGAGAGGCCUGACGAGUUCGGCUUCAAACUGGACGACGUACAGGCCGUCAUGGCGCUGAACAACACCAACUUCAUCUACUACCCCAAUCCCGAAUUUGAGCCUCUCAGUGUGUCCGGAGUGCUGGAGAUUAAACCCGGAUCGCCCAUCAUACUCAAGGGACGGAACUUCUUGCCACCCACCAGCAGCGGAAACGGAAAGAUGAACUAUACCGUUCUCAUCGGAGAGAAGCCAUGCAUGUUGACGGUGUCCGACAGUCAGCUGCUCUGCGAGUCGCCCAACCUGACGGGACGCCACAAAGUUCUGGCUCGCGUGGGCGGAAUUGAGUUCUCGCCCGGCGUGGUCCACAUCACGUCGGACAGCCCGCUCAGCAGCACGGCCAUCAUCGGCAUCGCGGCGGCCGGGGCCCUGCUUCUCCUCGCCAUCGUCAUGGUGCUCAUCGCCUACAAGCGCAAGUCGCGCGAGAGCGACCUGACGCUGAAGCGGCUGCAGAUGCAGAUGGACAACCUGGAGUCGCGAGUGGCGCUGGAGUGCAAGGAGGCUUUUGCAGAGCUACAGACCGACAUCCACGAGUUGACGAGCGACUUGGACGGCGCGGGGAUUCCCUUCCUGGACUACAGGACGUACACCAUGAGAGUCCUUUUCCCAGGAAUUGAGGAACAUCCUGUACUCAGAGACCUGGAGGUGCCAGGCUACCGCCAGGAGCAAGUGGAGAAGGGCCUGAAGCUGUUUGGCCAGCUGAUCAACAACAAGGUCUACCUGCUGUGCUUCAUCCGCACGCUGGAGGCGCAGCGCGGCUUCUCCAUGCGCGACCGCGGCAACGUAGCCUCGCUCAUCAUGACGGUGCUGCAGAGCAAGCUGGAGUACGCCACCGACGUGCUCAAGCACCUGCUGUCCGACCUCAUCGACCGCAACCUGGAGAGCAAGAACCACCCCAAGCUUUUGCUCCGCAGGACCGAGUCUGUGGCGGAGAAAAUGCUGACCAACUGGUUCACCUUUCUCCUCUACAAGUUUCUCAAGGAGUGUGCCGGCGAACCGCUCUUCUCGCUCUUCUGCGCCAUCAAGCAACAGAUGGAGAAGGGCCCCAUUGACUCCAUCACAGGAGAAGCGCGCUACUCUCUCAGCGAGGACAAGCUCAUCAGACAACAAAUCGACUACAAGACGCUGGUGGUGAACUGCAUCCACCCGGAGAACGAGAAGAGCCCGGAGAUCCAGGUGAAGGUGCUCAACUGCGACACCGUCAGCCAGGUGAAGGAGAAGAUCCUGGACGCCAUUUACAAGAACGUGCCGCAUUCGCACCGCCUCAAAGCCUCCGACAUGGACCUAGAGUGGCGUCAAGGCCGAGGGCAGCGUGUGAUCCUGCAGGACGAGGACGUCACCACCAAGAUCGAAGGCGACUGGAAGAGACUCAACAUGCUGGCCCACUAUCAGGUACCCGACAACGCCGUGAUGGCCUUGGUUCCCAAGCAAGUCACGGCGUACAAUUCGGUGAACAACUCGACGGUGUCCCGAACAUCUGCCAGCAAAUAUGAGAACAUGAUCAAGUACACGGGAAGUCCAGACAGCCUGCGCUCCCGGACGCCCAUGAUCACGCCCGAUUUGGAGAGCGGCGUCAAGAUGUGGCACCUGGUCAAGAACCACGAACACGGCGACCAGAAGGAGGGCGACCGCGGCAGCAAGAUGGUCUCCGAGAUCUACUUGACCAGACUUCUGGCAACCAAGGGCACCCUGCAGAAAUUUGUGGACGACCUCUUCGAGACCAUCUUCAGCACGGCGCACCGAGGGAGCGCCCUGCCGCUCGCCAUCAAAUACAUGUUUGACUUCCUGGACGAGCAGGCCGACAAACACAACAUCCACGACCCGCACGUGCGGCACACGUGGAAGAGCAACUGCCUACCUCUGCGUUUCUGGGUGAACGUGAUCAAGAACCCUCAGUUCGUGUUCGACAUCCACAAGAGCAGCAUCACUGACGCUUGCCUGUCUGUGGUGGCCCAGACCUUUAUGGAUUCCUGCUCCACCUCAGAGCACCGCCUUGGGAAGGACUCGCCGUCCAACAAGCUGCUGUAUGCCAAGGACAUCCCCAGCUACAAAAACUGGGUGGAGAGGUACUACUCAGACAUCAGCAAGAUGCCGGCCAUCAGCGACCAGGACAUGAACGCCUACUUGGCCGAACAAUCACGCAUGCACAUGAGCGAGUUCAACAGCAUGAGCUCGCUGAGUGAGAUCUACUCCUACGUGGGCAAAUACACGGAGGAGAUUGUCUGCGCACUGGAGCAGGACGACGCGGCCCGGAAGCAGAGGCUGGCCUUCAAGCUGGAGCAGGUGGUGGCCUUCAUGACGCUGGAAAGCUGAGGACCGCACUUCCCAGGGUGCACUGGGAAGAAGAGAAGAGACAUCCAACCCCCAAACCGCCCCGCCAAAUCGCCUGCCCCGCCUCCUUUUCGCCCGCCCCUCCACCGUCCACACUCUUGUCCCGACACCGAGCCGUGCCUGAGCAAAAACUUGUUCCUCCUUUGUUUGGGGUUUAUUUUUUUUCUUCCAUUCCUGGCUUCCUCGAUUUCGAAUUGUUUUGGUCCCUCAUCCACUGCUGCAUACAGACACAGGAAAAAAAAAUGACAUUUUUACGUUGCCUUCAAGAAUUGACUGACUGCUAGAAUCUUUUCAGACUGGGAGGAGUGCGACAAAUGGACAAGCGGUUCUUUUGGAUCUUGAAAAAUGCAUUUUUUUUUUUCCCUCUCCCUUGUAGCUGGAUUUGCAUUGAAGACUGAGGUUAAGGGCUCGGGAGGGCGCUGAUGACAAUGCUGCGGAGCCCCUCCCCCAACCCCCGCGUCCUCACAACCCCGACAUUAGCACAUACAUUUACUAGCAUUAGCUUCCACGCUUCCAUCCGGCUAAAAAAAAAAAAAAAAAAGUUUCUCCUCUGUAAGAAGCACACAAAGACGGUUAAUUGCGUGUGGCGGUGUCGUCGCGCACCUACACACACCUUGACGCACACACACACACACACACCAAUCAACAAUGUCCCGGGGAUGUGCGGGGACAUACAAAGUUGGUUCGCCUAAAAACCAAAGGAGCUUGACAUUUUCAACACAAAAAGAUGUAUUUGUCAAGUGCCACAGAGGAACACGGACAACAAAGACCAAAAUACAAUGAAAAAGAGAAAAAAAAAAAUACUAAAUGGACUUUCAAAGAAAAAAAAAAAAAUUGUGACUGGAACCUGUGUGCUACUUUUUCUGACCUCAGUUUGUGGAGAUGCUCCGUGGCUCCUGGCUUUUCCACACCUUUCUUUCCUGUUUUGCACAAGCCUUCAAGGUGGACGCCGGGCCGUAGUGUAGCCGCGGAGGCGCUGGUGUCGUCUUCACGCCUUUCGGAAUUUGAAAAACAAAACGGAACGAUGGAGCGCAGCAGCGAACUGAAAACGUGUCGGAUGAGCGAGAAAGCGAGGCCACCUCUUGUAUCCUGUGAAGCUCUCUGCCCUUUCUUUUGCCUUGACAAACGUGCCCCAUGUGGUGAUGUGAAUGUGCGAAGGCCGCCCUUGGUGCACCUUUAUUGGCUUUUUUUUAAGCGCAUGUAAAACCAUUUAAGAAAAAACUUAUUUAAGGAGAAAAAAAAAAAAGAAUAAUUAAGAACUAAGCCUUGCGAUGAUGAUGUGGAUGUGUUUGUUUAAACUUUGUUUUGCUUUGAAAGGGAAAAAGCAGAUGGCGGUAUUGAAGUUUAAGGUGGAACCUUUAUCCGGUUUGACUUGCCAGAAUCUGAUCAUUAGUGUCCAGUGGUGCCUUGAGAUACAACUUGAGUUUCUUCUGAGAUGAUGUUCCAGUCUCAAAGCAUCGUUCCUCAUUGAAAUGAAUGGAAAUGCUCUUAAUUCAUUCCAGCCUUCCUGCUGAAAAAUUCAAAUGUUUUUUUUUUAAAUGAAGGAAAUAGUACGCUAAGGGAUGGUGCUCUAUAAAAAUAAGUCUUGACAGAAUUAGAACCUAAAGAAUGAAACUCAUUUUUUUUUCAAUUCAAUGGCUCCUCAUUCAGCCGCUCUGUGCAGAAGAUAAAGAAUAAAUGCCUGUCAGUAUUGUUA